AUGAAGAGGCUCUGUUGUUGGGUGGAACUAAGGCUACAAGUGAUGAAGAAGCUGAAGUUGAAGAUAGAGGGUUGCAGUUUUGAUGACAUGUAUUUUGUGUUGCAGAUACGAAACCAUGGAGAAAUUAUUACUUGCACCAGCAGAGGAGAUAUCCUAUCAAGAAAAAGAAAAACUUUGACCACAUCUCUGAUUCCAUUACUAGUGAUUACCGUUUGCGCACUUAGAUGCAUAGAGGUAGUAGAAAAGGUCAAGGUGCAUCCUUUAUGGCAAGCGACUCCCAUGGUUCAGAGAAGUGUGGAGGAUCAGUCCGUGUUAGUUGCAACUUAUGAGGGUGAACACAACCAUCCAAUGCCAUCGCAAAUGGAUUCAAACAAUGGCUUAAACCGCUACAUCUCUCAUGGUGGUUCUGCUUCAACACCCGUUGCAGCCAACAAAAGAAGUAGCUUGACUGAGCCGACUGAUAGACCGUUAAUAGUAUACUCAAUGAAGAAGAGAAGAGAGGCACGUGCGACUGAGAUGGCAGAUGAGGAGCACGUGAGUGGCAGUUGA